CAGACAGACGCGUCACAGUUUGUCUGAUCUUUUCCAAUUUCUCCCUCUUUCGUUAAUCUCGCCAGCAAUCGAUGUCAACAAACAUGCAGGCUCAUCUGUCUGUACAGACACAACUUGCCUCGAUAAUGGACGUGCUUGCUAGAGCAGCCGUUGACGAGAUAAGUCAACUCUUUUCCGAGAGCUCGGCUGAUUUGCAGUUGGAGAUUUCUCGCAGCUACAAAGAAAACGAAGCUCUGAAAAUGAGGAUGAAGGUGAUGAAGAACGAGCUUUUCACCCUGCGACUACAAAGGGCGAGUACACCGCGGGGCAGUCGCUUUUCUUUCAGCAGAACUUUAUGCAGGCCUCGGGGGAAACUCGCAGAUAAGACACCUGAGCACCAGACAUCAAUUUACAGCAGGGAUGAUGCCCCAAUUACAAUAGGGGAAGAGGAGAUACCAUCCACAGUCAAAAAAGAGUGUGCAGAUGUGGAGAGUCCAGAUGUCAUCUUGAUAAAAGAUGAGGAGGGUCCUGACGAUGACUUUGGAGGAUGUGGGCCAGAUGCAGGUCAUGACGAUAUUUGUGGUGAGAAUGUUACCAUGGUGACACCACAGCCGGAACAUGCCACCCAGAGACUAGGUCACGAUGAGGGACCAUACAGCAUGAAUGACCCUCACGGUCAUGGUCGAGGUGAAGGAGCGCUGUGCAGCGUGACCAGUACUGAGAACUACCCUUUCUUCAGAGCCCCAGAACUACCUCAGAGUUUGCCCUCACACUCUGGUCUGCUGCCGGACCACACAAUCAGCCAUCAGAUACAGCUGAACACUCAUUCUAUUGGGGAACCACUGCAAGGCAACCCCCAAAUGAGGGGCUUGCAGAGUGACAGAGGGGGUCUGCCGAGAGGGGAUACAGGAGGACGGGGUCUGAAAAUCGUACAGGUAGCUUCCCUAGAAACCACCCCAACGACCCCAACAACAACCAUGGUAACAGGGGGUGUGACUGUGAGGCGCCCUAGUCUUGUAAACCAGUUCCAGCGCCACCACGUCCCCCAUGGUACCAAGCCGUUGUUCUGUAGCGACUGUGGGAAGCGCUUCUCUCGCCGGCUUGACUUGAUCCGCCACCGAGCAGUCCACACAGGAGAGAAGCCUGUCAUAUGCAACCUGUGUGGGAACUCGUUUGUCAACAAGACGACACUGAGGGUCCACAUGCGUAUUCAUACAGGGGAGAAACCUUACAUGUGCUCCCUGUGUGGGAAGGGUUUCACCCAGAAUGGCAGCCUGACCAUCCAUCUGAGGACCCACUCUGGGGAGAAACCCUACAGCUGCUCCCACUGUGGAGCCUCUUUCAACAACCCCAGCAACCUGCGCAGACACAUGGUCACACACCCAGAGCAGGCAGGGACGCUGACACUCUGACACCCAAACUCACCGGUGGCCAGUGGGGCUUUAGGUUCUUUAUUUUUCUUCAGCAUUCUCUCAUUCUUGUUCUCAUUCAAUUCCAUAUAUGCUUUAUUGGCAUAAAUGGGUUGUUGCCACUGUGGCCAAAGCAAAGUAUAUGAAGUAUUACAUAAAUUAACAACGUUUUUGAGCAAAAAGAAUCAUAUACAGUGAACAAAAAUAUAAACGCAACAUGCAACAAUUUCAAAGAUUUUACUGAGUUAUAGUUCAUAUAAGGAAAUCAGUCAAUUGAAAUGAAUCCAUUAUGCCCUAAUCUAUGGAUUUCACAUGACUGGGAAUGCAGAUAUACAUCUGUUGGUCACAGAUUUGUUUUUUUAAAGUAGGGCGUGGUGUGGAUCAGAAAACUAGCCAGUAUCUGGUGUGACCACCAUUUGCCUCAAACAGUGCAAAUCCUCAUUUGCAUAGAGUUGAUCAGGCUGUUGAUUGUGGCUUGUGGAAUGUUGUCCCACUCCUCUUCAAUGGCUGUGCGAAGUUGCUGCAUAUUGGCGGGAACUGGAACAUGCUGUCGAGAAUGUUGAUCCAAAGCAUCCCAAACAUGCUCAAUGGGUGACAUGUCUGGUGAAUAUGCAGGCCAUGGAAGAACUGGGACAUUUUUAGCUUCCAUGAAUUGUGUUCAGAUCCAUGUGACAUGGGGCCGUGCAUUAUCAUGCUGAAACAUGAAGUGAUGGUGGUAGAUGAAUUGCACGACAAUGGGCCUCCAGGAUCUCGUCACGGUAGCUCUGCACAUUCAAAUUGCCAUCGAUAAAAUGCAAUUGUGUUUGUUGUCCGUAGCUUAUGUCUGCGCAUACCAUAACCCCACCGUCACCAUGGGGCACUCUGUUCACAAUGUUGAUAUCAGCAAACUGCUCACCCACACAAGCCAUACACGCUGUCUGUCAUCUGCCCGGUACAGUUCAAACUGGGAUUCAUCCAUGAAGAGCACACUUCUCCAGCGUGCCAGUGGCCAUCGAAGGUGAGCAUUUUCCCACUGAAGUCGGUUACGACUCCGAAUUGCAGUCAGGUUGAGACCCUGGUGAGGACAACGAGCUUCACUGAGACUGUUUCUGACAGUUUGCAGAAAUUCUUCAGUUGUGCAAACCCACAGUUUCAUCAGCUGUCCGGGUGGCUGGUCUCAGACCAUGCCGCAGGUGAAGAAGCCAGAGGUCCUGGGCUGGCGUGGUUCACAAUGUGGUCUGCGGUUGUGAGGCCGGUUGGACGUACUGCCAAAUUCUCUAAAACGACGUUGGAGGCAGCUUAUGGUAGAGAAAUUUACAUUACAUUCUUUGACAUUAUCAUUACAUUCUCUGGGAACAGCUAUGGUGGACAUUCCUGCAGUCAGCAUUCCAAUGCUCCCUCAACUGGAGACAUCUGUGACAUUGUGUUGUGUGACAAAACUGCACAUUUUAGAUUGGCCUUAUUGUCCCCAGAUCAUGUUGUUUAAUCAGCUUCUUAAUAUGCCACACCUGUCAGAUGGAUGGAUUAUCUUGGCAAAGGAUAAAUGCUCACUAACAGGGAUGUAAGCAAAUUUGUGCACAACAUUGAUAAUAAUAAUUUUUUGCAUAUGGAAAGUUUCUGGGAUCUUUUAUUUCAGCUCAUGAAAUAUAGGACCAAAACUUUACACGUUGCGUUUAUAUUUUUGUUCAGUGUAUAUCAACAAAAACAAUUAAUACAUUCUCUCACACUUCCCACCCCAGACUGGAACCCACAUCUGUCCCGUCGCUCUUAUUCUUCCCAUCUCCCUGAUUUAUACUCUGUUGUCUGUCUCUGAUUUAAUGCACAUACUACAUAAAGUUACUGUAUGAGUAGAUUUUAGUAAGUAACCUACUCUGGCCGAAAUAAAUAAACAGUGUGUUUUGAUAUGAA